AUGGCAGCUCGGCCUUACGACCGUCUCGCCAUGACGGCACCGAAGCGUGUUUCAUACACGCUGCCGUCGCUGAUGUCCUUUGAUGAUGAUUCAAAGCAUCGCUUCCCAUACAAGUCCACGGAAAUGCAAGUUCGCUCUCUGCCUGUCUUCGAUUUGCCGGCAACGAAGGCGCAGCGUGUGCCAUCGUCAGGUAUGGCAUUGGCCUCCCCUGUGGUCUCCUUGUCGGCCACGGACCAGCCUUCUAUGCGCGAAAAACCUCCCAAAGAAACUCGACCUCGUCAUAUGCGCCCCAUCAAUGCGCUCGCGAUGGACACGACGCAUGUCGAUGCGUAUCUUUACUCGGCUGGCAUUGAUGGUCUCGUAUGCAUGUGGGAUCUGGGCCAUGUCUACCCAGGUGGAACAUAUGGUGCACCACGGUACAUGAAAAAUAUGCGACUUCAUCGCAGUUGGAUCUGGGACUUGAAGCUAUGCAAUCGGAAUGAAACUGUUCUAACCUGCUCGUCCGACUGCACUAUUAAGGCAUGGAACGUGGAUGCGUCCAGUGCCACACACGAACUGGGCACACAUAAUGACUUCGUGAAAGCGCUGGCACCGGCUCAUGACGCAGGGUACGUGGCUAGCUGCUCGUUGGAUCAUACUGUGAGCCUCUGGGAUAUUCGCGAAGGACGCACGACGCCGGUAUGGCGUGCACAUACACCUUCUAGCUUGUACAGCAUUGCAAGUAAUCGUGCUGGAAGUGUUAUCGUGUCAGGUGGUGUAGACCAUGUGGUCCGUGGAUGGGAUCCACGUAUGCGUGAUCCGACCUUCGAACUGAUGGGCCACGAAGACAAUGUUCGUGCGAUGACUAUGAGCGACGAUGGCCGCUUCCUUCUUUCCGGCUCGUCAGACACCACAAUAUGUCUCUGGUCACUCGGAGAACAACGCAGGAUCCAUACACUCACGCAUCACAACGCCAGCAUUUGGAGCCUCUACUCGGACGACCCCCAACUGUCUACCUUCUACUCGGGUGACCGCGAAGGGUACCUUUGCAAAGUGGAGUGGGAUCGCUCCACACCGCUGGAGCAAGCGGAAGGUAUUGUGCUGGCGCACGAGAAGGAAAAAACGACAGGUCGCUCGCAUGGUAUUGUCAGCAUUGCGGCCUACACUGAUGAGUUCGUGUGGACGUCAAAUACAGGCUCUGCCUCUUUCUCGCGGUGGGCGGAUGUGCCCAGACGGGCAAACCGAGCUUCCGCACAAGCGACAGGCCGAUUCCAUGGUAACACAGCGGCGAGCACUGUAAAUCUGAGACCUCCUGAUAUGCUGCAGUUUUUGAGCAGCGAUGAGACGCCCAACCUGCCGUCAUCCUCGACAGGGCCAGGUGCCUCUGACACGUCUGAUUUCCAUUCGCGACUUUUUGCCGACGAGGCUACACCCAUGUCUAGCCAGCCUCAGUGCAAGGUAAAAGGAUUCCAUGGCAUGGUACGCGCUGUCAUGCUCAAUGAUCGUGUACAUACGCUGACCGUGGAUACGGGAGGCAUUGUAGCCCUUUGGAACAUUGUCCUUGGCCAGUGCCUAGGCACAUUUGAUCCAGACGCUGUGUAUGCAGCUGCACAAGCCCAAGAAUAUGCCCAGACAUGGACACCGCGAGACUCACCCAGUGAUACACUGGAUAUUGUGCGAGGCCUUAUUGAGGGCAAUGGCGCUACUCCGCCGUGGUGUACGCUAGACACGUCGUCCGGUGCCCUUACUGUGUACAUUGACGAGGACAAAGUAUGGGCCGCCGAGGUAUAUACAAGUGAGCUGCUUCCAAUGGAGUCAGCUCAACGAGACGCGCUAUGGAAAGAAGACCGCGUUUUCCUGAGCGUAUUUGUGUUGCGACAACUCUUCCGUCGUUUCUUGGCCACAGAAAAGGCGAUCCGCCAGGCGGGCUCCGAUGGACAGCCCUUGAUAUUGCGCUGGCUCACGACACUAAACCUGACCCCAGAGGCAUUGUUGCAAGUGCCAUUAUCACAAUUACCGAAUAGCACCAUGCCUGCUGGUUCAGAUGCAUCCUUGCAAAGCAUCUUAGCCAAUAUGACAUGCGCUGAUACAGUGCAUGAUGUCCAUUUGUCCAAUACAUCUGAGCAUACUGAAGCGCCCUUGGUGACAUCAACAUUGCAGUUGCUUCAUGCAUUGCACCAGGAGGAGACAGGUAAAACGGGGGGCACCAGUCCGUCUUCCAACACUGUGGAGACAGGCACGUCCAUCCUAGGUUUCCGACGUCGAAGCAGUUCACGUCGCAGCCGUAAGGCAUCGAGCAUGACUGGUGGUCGUCCAGACGUAGUAAAGCUGACUCGUGGCAGCUUGGAAGAUCAGGUUAGUGCUUUGGUUCCCAUUUUGCAAACCACACUACGUGACCUGCCUGCCGAAGAGGCUUUGUACACGGACGACAUGGCCGUUGAAAUGCUCCAUGUGAUGCCAUCAAGUGGCGAAAACAAAAUUGCUUUGCGUGGGAAAAUUGGAACGAUGGGUCGCGAUACCCCCCUCCUUGAACUUCUCUCUCCGCUGUGGCUCCUUCGCCUCGUCCUGUCCCCUGUCGAUCCUGACCAUGAAUCACCACGGAUCAAAGUUCUUCUGCAAAAGGUUUCUGAUGCAAAUGAAUCACGAGGCAUUCGUCUACCAGUGCUAACACAAAAAGUCUCUGAGAUUUCCACGACGCGCCUGCUUCGUAUUGGGCGCUUGUCAGAGUACAUUUACAAAGCCGUGGUUGAUAUGGGCGUGCAGUUGCCUACACUGCUCAACUCUACUCUGCCUGAGGAUAUUCCCAUUGAUAUUCUCUGUCAUGGCUCAGUGGUUCCUCCUAUUUACACACUGGCGCAAUGCCAGACGUAUUGCUGGAAGAACAGUGCCGGUAGUAUGACACUCCAGUACCGCUGGCGAGAAUCGAAAUAG